AUGACGCGCCGCAUGGUCUAUGGUAUAGGCCUCUGGGUCUUUUUGGCUGCCGUCGCCCUGACCUUUACCUCCAUGGCACUCCCCGAUUGGAUCUCGUACACCAGUCCUGUCUCCACCUCUCCCAACCCCGCUCACCCUACCACACCCAUCCACGUCUCUUAUGGUCUACAUCGCCGCUGCUCUUCUCUCACCAGCAACUGUACACCAUUCCCAGCACCCGAAGACUGCCAUGGCGAAGACAGAUACUUUUGCUCCAUGUGGAGGAGCGUAGGCUUCCUGAUGAACUUUUCCGUCGUCUUGGAGUUGGCGACUCUUGUCGCGUUUGCAGUUGUGUUGUUGGGAGGUAGAGGAAACAGAGAUAAUGGGUGGAAGAUGUGUGUGGGGUUACUGGCGGUUGUGGUGAGUGUUCAGGUUGCUGCCAUGGGUAUUGUGGCUUUCCUUUUCGAUCACGACAAUCGCUUUUUCGUGGGCUGGAAGUUGGAUAGGAGUUGGAUUCUUUGCACGGUUUCUUGGAUUGUGCUGUUGAUGGAUGUUGUGGGCAUUACAGUGGCAGCCAAGAUGUUGCCUGCUGAGGACGACUAUGAACCCAUUCCUGAUAGAAGAUGA